AUGGAGAGUAACCCUAAAUUAGAGAGCGAAAGCUUCGAUAUUAAUGGUAUAUUUCCCACAUGUACCGACGGAUUUAGUUGGGAAUCUGAUGAUCAUAGUAAUGCCUCUCACGAAUAUACAACUUUGUGUAGUAAAUUUUAUAUAGCUCAUGAAACAGGUAAUAAUUCGCCACAUUUUUCUAAAUUGUGUCGACUUCUUGCUCUAUAUUUAGAUUAUAUAACUACAAAAGAAGAUGAAGAAAGUAUGAAAAAAAAUUGUUGUAUUUUAUUCUAUUAUAAAAUGAAAAAAGAUAUAAUAGAUAAUUUUGCAUCAAAUAAAAAUACUAAUGCUAAAGAUUAUUACGAGAAAAUGACAGAACAAGGGCAACCGAAAAUUAGUACAACGAUAUCAAAGAUAUGUAUGAGUUAUUCUCCCAUUAUUGAUGAUGAUGUAUUUAAAAUUAUUGAAAAUCUUUUUGAAAUAUAUAAAUGGAUUAAUAUUUUUAAUACUAAAUGGAGGCAAAGGACCACCGCAAAUAUUCCUAAUUUUAGGUCAUGGAUAGAAAAAUUAGUAAAUCAUCCUGAUAAAUAUAAAAAUCAACUUAUGAAUGAACUAGACAAAAUUAUACAAAUAUUUAAAAGCUAUAAAAGUUCUUGGAAAAGCUGUCCGCUUGGCACUCAUUUAUUACCUUACAUAUCUGAAGAAUGGAUAGAAGGAAUUAAAAUAAAAAUCAAUGCAAAAUCUGCAAAUACAAAGGAAACCGAAGCAUUAAAUCCUCCAGAUUUAAUAAUCCCGGGGGGAAAUGGCGAAAAACAAGGUACCAAAUCAGCAAGUUCUCAAGCUUUAAUAAGCUCUGGGACAAAUAGUGAAACAAACACAGGAAUGAGUGUUGGAAUGAUUUUUAUAAGUUCUUCAAUAUUAAUAUAUACCCCUUAUUUUUCAUUUUUAAAACCAACGGUACGGAAAUUAAGAAGAAUGUUGAAUAAAAAUAACAAGAAUAAUCUGGGUCUUAUGAAUACAUUUUAUUUUGAAUAA